AUGGAACUGGACGAUACGCCGUCUUCGUCGCAGCUGGCCGCACAGACCAGUCCAGAUGGUCCCUCCUCGCCGCCUGUAUUUUUUGGACCCGUGACUUCACCAGAGAAACGGUAUGCGGCUGGACUUCCAACCCGCACUCCGCCACCGCCAUCGCCUGUCAGGCGCUCGUUGCGACUGUCUCUCGCGCCUCCGCUCUUAUUCCCUUCCACUCCGAUGCGUGCUGUGAGCGAAGAAGAAGUCUCAGAGGUCGAGAAUUUCUUGGAGAUUGAAGCCUUGAAGGCGAGCGAGGCGGAGGAAGGAUCUUCAGGUGAGGAUAGGAAUGCCAUGCUGGACGACGAACCGGAACCAUCUUCUGCCCUGGCGGAGAAGAUCUCUCGAGCACACGACAACCCUUCGCCGCCUCCCAAGUUCUCACUCUUGCCGCCGGAACAUCCAUCAUCAGCCGAGCAGGAACCGCGGGCGUCGAGCUCCAAGCUAAUAGACAUCUCGUUCGAGGUCGCUUCGCCAGCUCCUCAGAGGUCCCAUGGAAGCGACUUGUUGGCGCUGGUCUCGCCCUUCAAGGUCACCACGCCGCCACCCCCUUCAAGUCCGAAUGCAGUCAACUCGGACACAGAUCUCAUCUCAUUCGACGACUCGCUUGAAGUGCCUGGAGCACCCGCGCCAGAUGUACAAGAGGCGAUUCCAACUGUCGUCACUGUGGAGGACGAUGAACCUAUGGAAAGCCCCGUCGAACCGGUUGCAGCAACCCAUACAGCACCCUCUACCCCACCUCCACCGACAACCACCCAGUACCUCGACAUAACUACACCAACGCCGCGUCGGCGAUCGCCUCGUCUCUCAAAGGCGCCCGCGACGUUGAAUGAACCUCCACGCCCGAGUUCGCCGUCACCAUCCGUCGCCGUGCCACUCGCGAUAGCACCAGUCCCUGUAGCCACUACGCCGCCUCCCCAAGCCUCUUCGAGCACUCAGAUUCCUUCGCCACGGCGUUCUGCCUCUCCGCGCCGCCACCAAGCCUUGCAACAGACAGAGCGUCUUGCCUCGCUCUCGCCCACCACUACGGGUCUUUUAUCGAACUUGAUGGAGAACGUGACUCCCAAUCCAUUCAAUACGCCGUCUGUUGUUCGGCGACCUGCGUCCAACGCACCCAUGGAACACUCACCCUCGCCUCCGCGCCGCCCUGUACAACUGCAACGACCACCCAGUGCAUCUCCUGAGAAAUCGGCGAGACCAACUAUGCCGCCCUCACCCGCGAAACGCGUGCCUAUAUUCAAGCCUCCAUCGUCAGGCUCAGGCUCUUUCUCACACAUACCUGCCGCAUCUGCCUCCCACAGUCCACCACGUCGCGUUCCAAUUGCCUCUUCACCAUCGAAACCGUUGGGUUCUUUUACGAAGUCCAUAGGCACGCCACAGCGCGUACCACGCCCGCGUGCCGGCUCAGCAGAACCAACUGGCUCUAUAUCCCCGCGCAAGCCUCCCAUGCUCACAUUUCGGCCUCCGUCGCGAGCCGCAAGUGACAGCGCAGUGUCUGAAGGCGGGAAGACCACGGGUAUCAAAGAAUUACCGUUCCCCUUGCGGGCAGCUACGAUACCUGAGGAAAACGAGGCGCCUCCAGGUGUCGAAGACGCGCUUCUGGCGCCAUCUGAGGACAGCAUGCACGGUGCUACGUCCCUGGAAACGGAAGCGCCGCCGCUAUUGUCGGAAGGAGGCAUGAAACCCGCCUCGAACGUUAUCAAAUCCCCACCGCCAGCCGGGCCGACUGCAGGGAAGACGAAGAGUAAUCUACGGCAACCCAGUACUCUUGCAAGCAGCCGGAUCCCACGCAAGCCUUACGCCCGACCUGCUUCGGCGGAUAAGGAUAAGGCGAAAGCGAAGGAGUCCGGGCCCGCUGUGGCCACUACUGCUGCAUCCAGAGCUCGGAGUAAAGAACCUGCCGCAGGACCGUCAACGACAGUACGCUCCAAUGUACGCGCUGCCAGGAAUCCGGUUGUCUCCAAGCCCAUCGCGUCGAAGGAACCCGAAGUCAUAGAGGUUUCCUCUGACGAUGCCCCAUCGUCAGGUCCGGAGAAGGUUGCACCCGCCAAGGUGCCCGUGAAGGGCAGGCUUGUGAAGCCAAUCUCAAGGGAGAAGGGUGUGGAGAAGGACAAAGCAAAGGCAAAGGAGACGAGACCAACAACGAUACGCCGUGCUGCAGCUCCAGCGCAAGCACGUCUGGUCAGGUCAACAGGUGUCAACAGGACCGAUAGCGAGAGCUCCUCAUCCGAUGCUGCUGCCUCAGGACAGGCUGCCAGAACCAUGAGUCCGCUCAAACGGAAGCGCUCCGACGAUGGUUCUCCCUCCGGCGCUCAAGCCUAUGUACUCCUGGGCUCGCGUACGGCUUCUGGAGGUGGUCCACAGACGAUGCGCAAAGUUGUCAAACAGACUGCCCCCGCACCAGCGCCGUCGCCGUCUCCCAAUCCUACCCCAGUACCAACCGCGGCACCAUCGAGUCCAGAGAAGAAGGCUCGCGGCGGACCUGCGCGCAAGGUUGCCCCCGCGACGCGUCGCGCGGCUGCAAGCAAGUCUGGUCCUGCUCGUUCUGCAUUGCCGAGACUCGUGAAAUCGCCCACUCCAGAUCCACCGGCUCCGGUGAAUCUUAUGGACGCUCUGACCAGUCAGAGGCAAGAUUCCCCGCCUCCGGCUACUGACGGAGACGUGCAGCAUCCUAUCAUUGUCGUGGAUACACCCUCCUCCCCAGCUCAUCACGCGACUCCGAUACAAGGUGUCAUUCAAGAUACCAUUCAAGAGGUCGUUACUCCAGUACCAGAACCAGCUCCUACACCAAUACCCGCAUCCACACCCGUCCCUCCACCAUCGCCUUCGCCAGCGCCCGAACUUGCUGGAGGACGCCGCACCCGCUCAGGACGCACAACGAACGACGUCUUCGGUCCGAUUGUCCGACGUGGUGUGGCUGAUGGCGGACCCUUUGCGAGCAUGUCCGCUACAGCUCUACGCGCGCUGACUACCGUGAAUACAACCCGGAAUCAGAACUACGGUGUCGCAGUACUGGCCACUGAAGUUGUGCGCAAGCAAGGCCCUCGUCCAGAGAGUCCUCAGACGAAGGUUCGAAGUCUGGAGGAGAAGCGAAAGGAGGCUGCGCAACGUGGUCGGAGCGAAAGGGCGGCGAGAAGGGCAAGAAGGCAGAGCGGAGAGGAUAGCACAGAUGACGAAGGCGGCGCUGACGGCGCAGAGGAGCAGUCAUGGGCCGCUGAGAGGCAUCGACUUGGUGCUGGAGAUGAUGAGGAGUAUGUUACCCCCGAGAAGGCUCGGCCGGCGAAGAGGCUAAAGUUCGACGGCACGGAUUCAAAUGAAGCGGCGCAAGUGAACGUGAAGCGCGAGAGACGAGUUCGAUGGGACAAGGGAUUGUUCAGCACAUUUUACUUUGACGACACACCCGGCCCACUGGUACUCCCGUCCCGUGCCGCGUCGGCUGCUACAUUCCCCAAGCCGAAGGGCGGCCUCGCGGGCAGUGCGCGUGCCCUACGACUGGACGGACUAGGCAAUGCACUCUCGGAGAGCCCACUCAAAGGCCUGGAGCCUGAGAACGUCGUCGUGAAGAAAUUUGUCUACGAUGAUGACGAGGGUGCAGAGCCGAUAGUGCAGGUCGAGCCUGUGGAGACGAAGGGGAAGGGAAAGAGGCGGUCGUCCAGAUCUUGA